GGGGUAUUGUUUGUGUUUACAUCAGCUUACAUGGCGAACUUUAAACGAUGCUAGACUUGGAAUAUCGUAGAAUACAAUAGACACAAAUUAAUUGCACUAUUUAAUUUUUAACGAUGUUGUUAUACGUCACGUGACACUCCGAAGUGUGAACUAUUUUUGUGAUAAAAUGCUCGAUGCAGACCACUAUGAAACUCAGAAACGAAGCGACAAGCACGAUGCGAUAUUUGAAGAACAACACGCAAUUGUGGAUGAGCUCAAAAGGAAUUUGCAAUUAUGCAAGGUUGAACAAGAUAAUAUACGAGCCGAAUUAGAAACGCUAAGAAAUGAGAAUCAAAAGAUUAAUGAUAUAAAAGAAUCCUUUAAUCGUAUUCAUUUAGAGGAAUGCGGCUGUCAAGAUGUGUACAAGAAGGAACUGGCGAAUUUACAAGAGCGCAUUGCAUUGUUGGAAACAGAAAAGAAUUCGGCUAUGCAGUUAUGGCAUAUUUCUUUGAACACUAUAAGUGCCUUAGAAGAUGAAUUAAAAGUAUUCAGAAAGGAUGGAAGGGGCCAAAAAUUCUAUCAAGAACAAGCGAAUGCCAUUAAAGGAAGUUAUUCAGAAGCUAUUAAAAUACUGGAGGAAAAACUUGCGCAAGCUAGAGAUAGUUUCGUAAGAUAUCAAGCAUUGUAUCAAGCUAGUAACGAAAAGAUUGAUAAUUUGACUAAGGAAAACAAUGAACUUUUGGAAAAAUAUAAAAGUCUUCAAGAUAAAGACAGGAAUAACCAGUUGACGAUAGAAACAAUGAAACAGGAAUUAACUUAUGCUAAAACAGAAAGUAAUAAUAUAGCAAAAGCUAAAAUGGAAUUGGAGAGAAAGUUAACUGAAGUUAAGGCAUAUGCUGAAAAUGUAGUAGAAAGGGAUAAGGAAACAAAAACUAAGAUGGCAGAAGCCAUCGAAUUAAUAGAGUCUGCAGUUAGGGAAAAAGAUCUGGCCUUACAUCGUGAAGCUCUUGUUCUCGAAGAGAAGGCCAGAUCAGAGCAGAGAUUAAAUGUAAUAGCUAACGAAUAUGACACGAAGAUACAAGAACUGAAUAAAACAAUGAGAGAUGAAAUUGAAUUAAGUACAAAAAAGUAUGUUACUGAGAUCAAUGAACUCAAAACAGAGCUGAAAGAGAAAACGAUGGUAGUAGAAAAGACUAAAAGGGAAUUGAAAUAUGCCGAAGAGGAAUUAAGCAAAAUACGUAGAGACUCGAGCAUUAAGUUAUUAGAAUACGAGCAGAGAGCUAAACGCAUGGAACUUCAGUUACAAAUGUACAAUGGCGAACCGAUGUUUAACAACAAAUACGAUGUAGAAAUUCAGCAGUUGAAAGAGAAAAUUGUUAUUCUUGAAAAUAAACUAGGAACUUCAAAUGAUAAAUUACAGAAGUUAGAGCAGCAACAAACGAGCAGUAUACGGGAUCAGACAAAAAGAGGCGAGGGAAAUAACAAGGACGUGAUGAAACAGUAUUCUGACUUAGAGAAUCAGAUAGCCAAAACGAUAGGUGACAAAGAAAAUCUAGUAUCUCAAUUGAAAUCACUGAAACAUGAUUUCGAGUCUGAAAUACAGAAAAGACAUAACGAAAGGUAUUCUCUAGAAAAUAAAAUUCAUGAAUUGGAAAAUAAUCUUCAUAAAGCAACUUACGUAAGAGAAAAUAGAUUAAAAGAUGACAUAAGUGAUGAAGUAAAGCCGUAUGAUCCCAAAGACAAGUCUAAAUUUGAUAUAACGGUGGAAAGUAAAUGUCAUUGUUGUCAAUCAGUGUUAUCAGAUCAUAUAAACAAAUUGCAGGAGAAAUACGAUAGGAAGACAAGAGAGUUAAUCAAUCAUGUUCAAGUUCAUCAGAAGCUAAGUAAACGAUGGAGAGAUGAAGCAAAAUCUUUAACAGUUAAGUUUCAACUCAGGUCAAAAGAAUUCAGGAGCAAGAUAAAUGUAUUACAAAAAGAAAAUAACGAAUUAAAUGAGAAAUUAGUAAAUUGCAAACAGCAGCUGGCACAACAAGCUGUACAAGACAUACAGCGAUUUAAUGAACCAAACGAAAUUAGAUGACAAUAUUUCUUUCCUAUUUUAUAAUACAUAUCUAACUAUGUAAAUAUUACAAGAGUGUAU